UGUGAGAGCGGCGGAGGCUGCAGUCUGAUCCCGGUCCUGACCCGCGCUGCGCGUCCACAGCUCCUCUGCUGGUCCUGGUCCCGGUCCCGGUCCCGGUCCCGGCGGGUCUCUCCCCCUCCUGACUCUGACUCGGUGCUUAGACCUGACCAGAGGAACCAUGACAGAGUUCCAUCAGAAGCUCCGUCAGCAGCAUGAGGACUCGAUGCACCGAGAACUGGAGACGCUGCUCAAUACAGCCAACAAGGCUGAGGCUGAGACGUCCAGAAAAGAUUUCGAGGGCUUCAAGAAACUUUUCCACAGAUUCCUGCAGGUCAAAGGUCCUUCUAUCGAAUGGGCCAAGAUCAACCGUCCACCUGAGGAUUCGAUCCAGCCCUACGACAGGAUCCGGGCCAAGGGGCUCCCCGAGAACAUCUCCUCCUGCCUCAACAAGCUGGCAGUGGUCAAACUGAACGGAGGUCUGGGAACCAGCAUGGGCUGCAAGGGCCCCAAGAGUCUGAUCAGCGUGCGCAACGAGAACACCUUCCUGGACCUGACCGUCAAGCAGAUCGAGCAUUUAAACACAACCUACAACGCCAACGUCCCGCUCGUCCUCAUGAACUCAUUCAACACCGACGAGGACACCAAGAAGAUCCUGCAGAAGUACAAACACCACCAGGUCCACAUCCACACCUUCAACCAGAGCAGGUAUCCGAGGGUGAACAAGGAGUCUCUGCUGCCCAUCGCCAAGAGCAUGGGUGUGAGCGGUGAGAACGCGGAGGCCUGGUACCCUCCGGGUCACGGAGACAUCUACGCCAGCUUCCACAACUCCGGUCUGCUGGACCGGCUCAUCUCCGACGGGAAAGAGUACGUCUUCGUGUCCAACAUCGACAACCUGGGCGCCACCGUGGACCUCUUCAUCCUGCAGCACCUGAUGAGCCAGCCGGCCGACCGGCGCUGCGAGUUCAUCAUGGAGGUCACCGACAAGACCAGAGCCGACGUGAAGGGGGGCACGCUGAUCCAGUACGAAGACCACCUGAGGCUGCUGGAGAUCGCUCAGGUUCCCAAACCCCACGUGGACGAGUUCAAGUCCGUCACCAAAUUCAAGAUCUUCAACACCAACAACUUGUGGAUCUCGUUACCCGCCAUCAAGAGGCUGCAGGAGCAGAACGCCAUGGACCUGGAGAUCAUCGUCAACCCCAAGACUCUGGACGGCGGUCUGAACGUCAUCCAGCUGGAGACGGCCGUGGGCGCCGCCAUCAAGAGCUUCAACAACGCGCUGGGCGUCAACGUGCCGCGCAGCCGCUUCCUCCCGGUGAAGACGUCUUCAGACCUGCUGCUGGUCAUGUCCAACCUGUACAGCCUGGACGCCGGCUCGCUCACCAUGAGCAAGAAGAGGGAGUUCCCCACCACGCCACAUGUCAAGCUGGGCAGCUCCUUCACCAAGGUUCAGGACUUUCUGACCAGGUUUGAGAACAUCCCCGACAUGCUGGAGCUGGACCAUCUGACCGUCUCUGGAGACGUCACCUUUGGAAAGAACGUCUCGCUGAAGGGAACCGUUAUCAUCAUCGCCAACCACGGCGACCGCAUCGAUAUUCCUGCUGGAGCCGUGCUAGAGAACAAAAUUGUCUCAGGAAACCUGCGCAUCCUUGACCACUGAGGCCUUCUGGGAAACUCACAGCAUACAAACACCAGUACCUCUGAUCAGUGGGAUUGCUGUGAGGUGGCUGACUGUGAUGACCGACUGACGGUGGGGUGACUGUUGACCAUGAUGACUGAUGGUUGUCAGUGCUGCUGCAGAGUCACGUUGUCUCAGACUCCUUUCACUUGAAGGCCUUGUUCCCGUUAUCUGAAUUAAAGAGGUUCAGUGUGGCUUGGAUCAGCU